CUUGUUUAUGUGCUCAGACUCAGCCUAUUCCCAUCCCCCCUGCUCCCCUGUCUACACUGGUCCCUCCCCUGCGCUGCAGCGUGGAGGGCCUCAACCAGGAGCUGGAAGGCAUGUUCAUCAGCCAGUCACUACAUCCAUUACAGAGGCUGCUCGAGGUUCCAGAUGGUCAUCGAGCUCCGGUGCCUCUGCAGAGCUGCAGCAGUGGAUCUCAGAGCGACCCCCCCACCACGCCCCCGCCAUCGACAUCCUCCACCUCCUCCUCACCCUGCUCCUCUCCCAACUACAUCUGCACCUCUCAGCCCAACUCAGAUGCUCCUCCAGACCUGCACCAAGGCUCAACAGACAGUGGGCUUCUGUCUCCGUUCCCCUCCCAGAAUGAGGCUGACCUUUCUCCUCUCCUGAACGCCUCAUCUCCCGGGCCCAACAAAAGCUGCUGCUUCCAGAGAAAACCUCCAGAGGGCUGUGAAAGGGUGAGAGUGUGGGAGGAGAUCAGCUCUCCACAGAAACCCACGAUGGCCCUCAUCUCCUCCUGCCCCGACCCCAACAAGGUAAACUUCACCCCCUAUGGGGGUUCAGCCUUUUGCCCAGUCAGCCUCCCUAAGCCCCUGCUCCCCUCCAUGGACAUGUUUUUCAGAAGCUUUGGCUCUCCAGCAAGCAACUGCUUGAACCAGGGAACAAGCUCCUGUCAGAUGGUCUCCUCUAACACCUGGGCUGUUCGUCCAGAUCCUCCUGCAGCCACCACUGUGAUGGGAGAAAGUUCUGGAGAGGGGCUAGCUUUAUAAAAACGGCUCCAGGUCGUUUAUUUGGAAAUGAACAGAGUGGUCUGGGACAGAUGUCUAGAUUUCUUUUUUCUUUUUUAAAUCUUAGCUCAUUCUUUUGCCACACAGGUACAAACAAAUAACAUUGUUGCCCUUUUCAGCCAUGCGAUGGCAUCACUAAUGUUCAUUAGAGCUUCAUUGAGACUUGUGCACCCCUGCAAAAGACUUGAAUUUAUAUUUCCAGCAUCAACUCUAGUUGAGAGCAAUCAUAGUUUUAAAGGCUUAAAUCUUGCACAACCACAAAUGGGUCAUCUGUUUGUGCUGCUGGAGCUUCCCCUACAACACAACACUGCUGCAGAGAGCUGCUUUUGAAUUAGGCAUAGCAAAAAAUGCUUAUGGGAGGAAUAAUUGAGUGUUUAUACAAACUAGUAACGGAUAAAGUGCUGUUUAUGUGCUGCUUGUUGUUAUCUAGGAUGCUCUGUAGUGAGCUGAUCAGCAAAAAAAAAAUGCAUGCGAGCCAUUGUAAUCAGGUAUUCACUCGUCAUGUUGAAAGUGAUGGAUAAAUGUUAGCAAAUCUGAGACUUUCAGAUGCAGCGAGAUUAAAGGAAACCACUGGAUGUCUGAAAAGGGCUUGAUGUUGAAGGUUAUUGAGAAAAUGAGUCAGAAUGCCAAGGAGAGUGCUCUGAGUUUCCUUAUUGCAACACUUCUAAACUAAACAAAUUUAGUUCUGUUAUUACCCAAAGAUAUUUACAUUUGUCUUAGCCAAAAAUAAUUGAGACACUGUGCUGUCUUACAGCAGCACUGCUCACUUAUUUUUCUGUAAACUUUCACUUGAUUUGUUUGACUGACUGCUCACUUCCUGCACAGUUAUUUCCUCAAAGACGCCACAACAGUAACUUUGUUGAUACUGUUCCUUAUUUUUAAACUGCAUCUGUUUAAUUAUUUUUUUCAUCUUAUCAAAGAUAUUUAUCUGCUGUUCACUUAUUUCCUUGCACCAGUCACUAGUGUACGAAGCGUGACAAAUCAGUGGGUACUUUGUUUUUACCUGAUUUAAAGGACAACAUGAAAUGACAUUUUGGUUGUUGUAAAGGGAAUUUUGUAGAUGUAGAAGUUCAGGUAGCGUCAGCACCUAAUGGCUUCAUCACAUGCAUUCUUGCUUUACGAGUAGUACUUUUUUUAAAAUGUCUUGUUUACUUGCAAAAAAGGGUUGCAUGUUGUUUAUUGACGUUCUAGAUCUGUGCCUGAUGGUACGUUUUAGUUUUGAGGUUUCACUGCCUAGUUGACUACCUAACCAGUUUUAGUGGUUUAGACUUGUCGUCCUCAGUUUCCCUGAUCAUUUUGUUCUGCCAAGCUGACAAGUUAACGAUCAUAUAGUUUUAUUUUCUCGCAGACAUGUUUGCACAAGUUGAACUACUACUUUUGAGUCGCAAUUCUUAUUUUUAUACUCACUUUUGUACUUGGUUGUAUAUGUAUGUGUAGUGAUGUCUGUUUUUUACCCUUUUUCCCCAAAUACCUGCUACAUAAGCUAAAAAGGAAAAAAAAGACCCUUGUCAUUUUUAGUUUUGUUCUGUCAGGCAAAUGUCACAUGUAUCGGGUGGAUUUUUAUGCACUUCCGGCAGAGGGUGUUACAGAGGAGAGGUUUCCUCCAUAAUUUAGCCUCUGAUAGUUCUGUUUGCAUGUGAACUGAAAGUUGACUAUUUUGAUCUUUUGACUAACAUCUCCUAGUUUUAGCAUCUUGAUGAAAUGCUGAUGGACUGAAAUAUUCUUAUUCCAAAUAAUCAAAGAUUUUUUUUUUUUCUUUCCCCGGUUGUGGAUACUGGGAAUGUUAUCUCAGGUUCUGUGUUUUGUCUACAUAAAUACAUGAUGCUAGCAUGUCUUCUGUGUUUAUUACAUUCAUUUUAGCUCUUAGUGCUUUGCUUUGAAUUCACCACACAAUCUAUGCAGCCAUGGUGUUAAAGAGCAGACCUAUUGGUGUGAAGUCCUGUGCGUAUACUGCCAAGUUUUCAUUUCUCCUACAAUUAAGAAGCUACUUUCAAACCUUGUGCAUUCAU